CAUCAAGUUCGAGUCUUAGCUCUACAGCAUUGCUCGUGCACGGCUAACUGUUGCUUUCGGUAGAGUGCCGACUGCACAUCUCGCAGUAUAGCACUUGCAGACCAGCUGUGCGCAUCUCGAACGCCAAAGAGAGCACACACGCAUAUAGGGAGAGCAUGACACAGAUGCGAGCAGCCAUCGUCCUGCUCGCGGGCGCAACCGCGUUCCGCGGCCCCAUUAUGAGACGACGGCCGCUGGUCGCGCCAAGACAAGCCGCAGCGAUCUUCGAGCAAAAAAAGGGCGGCGCCGCGCUGUCGCCCGAGGCCAAGGAUAUACUAAAAAAAGGCGAGGCCCAUUUGAAACGCGUCAACGACCUCGAGGCGACUUAUGAUGCGAAGAGCGACGCCGAAUUGCGGGGAGAAGCCACCGCCCUGCGCGAGGCGCUGCAGCAGCUUGAGAAAGACGAGGACGCCCCAGCUGAUGUACAAGCAAGAGCCUUCGCGCUCGCGCGCGAGGCCGCCUGGCGCGUGCUGCAAUUGCGGGCCUACGACGUACAAAUUUUAGGAGGCCACGCGAUGAGCACCGGCGCGCUCGCGGAGAUGGCCACGGGCGAGGGCAAAACUUUGGCAGCGGUCGCGCCGACGCUGUUAGGUGCGUUGCGGGGCAAGGGCGCGCUCGUGGUCACGGCGAACGACUACCUCGCGCGGCGCGACGCGGAUUCCGUUGGUCUUGUUUUUAGGUUCUUGGGGUUGAGCGUGGGUCUGGUCGAGGCGACGAUGACUCCCGCUUCCGAAGAGAGGAGGGAGGCUUAUGCGUGCGACGUGACUUAUGUGUCGAACGCCGAGAUUGGCUUCGAUUACCUUAGAGAUCAAUUAGCGUUAGAUGAGACCGAUUUAGUGCUGCCGCGGCGGAGUGGUGAAAUCGAGGACCUGUUCUGGUGGUGUCUCGUGGACGAGGCCGACUCCAUACUGAUAGACGAAGCGCGGACGCCGCUCAUCAUCUCCGAGACGACCGAAGCGCCCGCGGCGAAGUACGAAGUGGCCAGGGACUUGGCCGAGGGCGUUUUGAGUGAAGGAUUACACUACGACGUCGACCGCAAAGGUAGAGCUGUGACAUUAAAUGAAAAUGGCUACGCGGAGGCCGAGGGCGCGUUGGGACGGCCGCUCUUCGACGCGAAGGACCCCUGGGCACCUUUCUUACUCAGCGCUUUACGGGCCAAGGAAUUACUUGAAAAAGAUCGGGAUUACUUAAUAGACGAAGCACAACAGGUCAAACUCGUCGACGCCUUCAGCGGGAGAGUACUGGAAGGCCGAAGGUACGCGGACGGGCUCCAGCAGGCCGUCGAAGCGAAAGAAAGGCUCCCCUGCUCCAAUCAAACUAGACCAUCAGCGCAAGUCACGUUCCAGUCCCUCUUCCGGACCGUACCCACAAGAUUAGCGGGCAUGACGGGUACCGCAGCAAGCGAUGCCAAAGAGUUGAAUGACGUCUACUCACUCGUCGUCGUGCCCAUCCCGACGGCGUUGCCGGUUGCGCGCAAGGACUAUGACGAUGCGGUCUAUCAAACCAUCGACGCGAAGAAUAGGGCCGCGGCGGCCGAGGUCGCGCGCCAGCACAAGGAGGGCCGGCCCGUUUUGGUAGGUACGACGUCGGUCGAGGCGUCGGACGCGUUCGUGGAACGGCUCCGAAAUGAUUAUGGUUUGGAUUGUGAAGUGCUGAGCGCGCGGCCGGACGUUGCCAAGCGCGAGGGCGCCGUCGUGGCCCAGGCCGGUCGGUUAGGCGCGGUCACGGUCGCCACGAACAUGGCGGGGCGAGGCACUGAUAUAAAACUAGGGGGCUCGGCGUCCGAUGUCGCGAGGUUGUACGUCGAGGAACGGUUGAGGGGUGGUGACGGUGCGGAUUUGCUGGGCGUGCGCGGUAGGGAAGAGUCCUUGUUAGAAAUAUCAUCGGCAACGCACGAUCUCGUCGAGGCCGCGUCCAAGGCCGCUGUUGACUUGUUGGGAGACGACCUCGACGAGGGCGUCGCAGAUUUAGUAGCGCUGGCGGCGGACGGGCGCGCCGUGAGUAAAGCGCCGGCGGUCCUCGCGGCGCGUAAAGCCGUCGACGCCGUCGCUAGUGAUGUGAACCAAGUCUUGAAAGAGGAAAAACAAAAGGUCGAAGCAUUGGGAGGCCUGUACGUCGUCGGCACGGAGCGCCACGAAAGUGUGAGAGUCGACGACCAGUUAAGAGGUAGAUCAGGACGCCAGGGCGACGCCGGCGCGUCGCGAUUUUUUGUUUCCGUCAAGGACCCGAUGUUCGUUAAUUUCGGGGGCGAGCGCAUCGCCGAUAUGAUGAAGACCUUUCGGGUGGGCGACGACUUACCGGUCGAGGCGAAGACGGUGACGGACGCCCUGUCGAAGAUCCAGCGCAAGGUCGAGGAUUUCAACGCCGAGCAGCGCACUAAUGUCCUCAAGUUCGACGACGUCCAGGACGGCCAGCGGCGCGCGUUGUACGCGACGCGGCGGCGGUUGUUGCUUGCUGAUGGUGAUGAGGCAUCGCAAACCUUCACGCGCUGGGUCGCCGAUGCGAUCAUCGCGACGGCGCGGAGCGUCGACCGCGACGUGAAAUCAGGCGACGACCCGGACGCUAUGCUCAGCGCGAGGCUGGGACAGUUCUUCGGUAAAGCGCCCGCGCUCGACGCCGGCGCGCGCACCGCGCUGAAAAACAGCGACGCCACGGCGCUCGCGGAGGCGCCCGCCGUCGCGGCGCUCGCCGGCGACAUUCUCGAACGCGUUGGAGUGGCGCGGCCAAUGCGGCCCGCGGCCGAGUCCUUCACGAAGGUUGCGCUCUUGAGGCUUGACGCUUUAUGGGCCGAGCACCUCCUGAACAUGAACUACCUCAAGGAAAACGUCCAGCUGCGGACGCUCCAACAGACGGACCCCUUCCAGGAGUACCAGCGCGAGGGCUACGACCUCUUCCAGGCGCUCCAGACGCGGGUGCGGGCUGACGCAGUUUAUUCAAUGGUCUCGAUGGCGCGUGGGUAACUAGUAUUGAUUC